GCAGAGAAGCAAGCCAGAGGGAUGAGAAAUCCGGCAUCUGCGUCUACGAGUAAGACUCCGUGCUGUACCAAGGUUGGGUUGAAAAGAGGACCAUGGACACCUGAGGAAGAUGAGCUUCUAGCUAAUUAUGUGAACAGAGAAGGUGAAGGGAGGUGGAGGACGCUGCCGAAGCGAGCUGGGUUGCUGCGAUGCGGCAAGAGCUGUCGCCUCCGGUGGAUGAAUUAUCUUCGGCCGUCAGUGAAGCGCGGCCAGAUAGCUCCCGAUGAGGAAGAUCUCAUUCUUCGCCUCCAUCGCCUGCUCGGUAACAGGUGGUCUCUGAUUGCCGGGAGGAUCCCGGGGCGUACAGACAAUGAGAUCAAGAACUACUGGAACACCCAUCUCAGCAAGAAACUCAUCAGCCAAGGAAUAGAUCCCAGAACCCACAAGCCACUAAACCCUAAACCUAAUCCAUCACCAGAUGUUAAUGCUCCUGUGUCAAAAUCAAUUCCAAAUGCAAACCCUAACCCUAGUUCUUCCCGGGUGGGAGAAAUUGGAAGCAACCAUGAGGUCAAGGAGAUUGAAAGUAAUGAAAAUCACAAGAAGCCGCCUAACCUGGAUCAGUAUCACAGCCCACUUGCGGCCGAUAGCAAUGAGAAUUGGCAAAGCGCAGAUGGGUUGGUAACGGGACUACAAAGCACCCAUGGUACCAGCAACGAUGACGAAGACGAUAUCGGGUUCUGCAACGACGAUACAUUCUCUUCGUUUUUGAAUUCUUUGAUUAACGAGGAUGUGUUUGGAAAUCAUAAUCAUCAUCAUCAUCAUCAGCAGCAGCAGCAGCCAUCUAAUGUGAUUGCACCAUUGCCCCACCCAGCAAUUUCUGUGCAGGCCACCUUCAGUAGUAGCCCUGGAACUGUCUGGGAACCUGCUGCACUAACAUCUACAUCGGCUCCUUUAGUCCACGAUCAAAAAGACUCCAUGUCUCCCUGAAAAUGAUGAAUCAAGCUUAUAUGAGUUUGAUUAAAAUCUGUGUGAUGUAAUUUGUUGUUUCCCUUUUUGUGUUUUGAUGUUGUAUUAGCUUCCACUCUUGGUUAUUUAAUUAGGAUGUUAAUUAAAGCUUUAUGUGUGAAUAUCGUAUGUGAAAUGGAUCCUUGCAACUAAGUUGUUUUUCC